GGAAAAACCAAGGGCCAUGGAGACGGGUAUAAAAACCUUAGGCCUUAAUACAUUGUGGAGAUUAAUUACACGCUCUUCUGUCUACUAAGAUCAUGAGGAAGAGGAAGAACUGGAAACCACAGGAGGGCCUCUGUUCGUUUCUAUGAAUUCUCAAUGAAAGCAUUGGAGCAGCUGUAAUAUUUGACUCAAUGGCAAAGAAGGGACGCACCAAGGGCGAGAAGCCCGAAGCGCUCAUCUCUGCUUUACAGGCAGCUAACGAAGAUCUCAGGUCCAAACUGACUGACAUUCAAAUAGAACUUCAUCAAGAGAAAUGCAAGGUGAGUAAGUUGGAGCGUGAGAAGGUGCAGGAGUGCAAGCGCAUCCGGGAGCAGGAGCAGUACCGGCACACGGCCACGCUGACAGAGCAGCGAGCCAAAUGGCAUGAGGAGAAGCAGAAGGAGCUCCAGGCGCUCAGAGAGAACCUGGUCCGCCAGCAUGAGCAGGAGCAGGCCCGCACCACCAAGAUCAAGGACCAGGAGAACCAGCGGCUCAAGGCGGCGCUGAGCGCUAUGCGUGACGGCAGCGGAGAGAAGGUGCGCACAGCAUUGACCCUGGAGGCCAAAGAAGAGGCGCGCCGCUUCUUCGACGUGGAGAGGGUCAAGCUGCUGCAGGAGAUCUCCGAGCUCAAGCAGACCAAGAAGCAGACAGACGAGGCGCUCAGCACCAUGAUCCAAGCAGAUAAGAUGAAGGCUGGGGACCUGCGCUCCGAGCACCAGAUUCACCAAGAGCAGAUUUCCAAGAUCAAGUGGGACAGCGAGAGGGACAUCCGCAGACUGGUGGAUGAGAUCAAGUCUAAAGAGCGCACCAUCUUCUCUCUGGAGAAGGAGUUGGAGAAUGCCAUUGGCUUGUUGCAGAAGCUGCAGAUGCAGAAGGAUGCCCUGGACGACCAGCUGUUCCUGGUCAAGGAGGCAGAGUGUAACCUGGGCAGCCCCAAGAGAGAGAUCCCUGGACGGGCUGGGGACGGGGCAGAACACUGUGGCAGCCCGGUACGACAUAGAAAGGCAGAGGGGAACUUGGAAAUGGACAUGCGCAGGAACCAGAGGCGCAUGGCUGACCUCAACUCCACCAUCCGCAAGCUGGAGGACCGCAACUCACUGCUGGUGGAUGAGAGGAAUGAACUGCUGAAGCGUGUGCGGGAGUCUGAGAAGCAGUGCAAGCCCAUGCUGGAAAAGAACAAGGUGCUGAAUAAGAGGAAUGAUGACCUCAGCCAGACCCUGCAGCGCAUGGAAGAGAAACUCAAAGGCCUGGCCAAGGAGAACCUGGAGAUGAAGGAGAAGAUCAGCUCCCACCUGCCACUGAAGAAAGCCAACUGUAAGUCUCUGAAUGAUCUGGACCAGGCGCAUGAUGACCAGGAGAUUGAGUUUCUCAAGCUGCAGGUGCUGGAGCAACAAAGCAUGAUCGACGAGCUGACAAGAGAUAGGGAAAAACUAUUGCGGAAGAAGAGGCAUAAACGAAGCAACAGACCAAUAAAGAGACACAUUGUAGUGGACACCUUCUUUGGAUACGAUGAGGAAUCCAUGGACUCGGAGACGUCCUCCGUGGCUUCGUUUCGCAUGGACCGCACUCCAGCCACUCCUGAUGAAGACCUGGAUGAGGGACUGGUCAAUGAGGAGUCGGAGCUGCGCUUCAGGCAGCUGACCAGAGAGUACCAGGCCUUACAGAGGGCAUACGCCCUGCUGCAGGAACAUCAAGGGGGCCUUCUGGACGCUGAGAUAGAAGCUAAGGCUCAGGAGCAGCUACAUGCAGACAUUCUCAGGUACAAGGCCAAGAUAGAAGACCUGGAGAAGGAGCUCGCCCACAAAGGACAGGACUCCAAGUGGGUAGAGGAGAAACAGCUGUUCUUCAGGAGGAAUCAGGAGCUGCUGGAAAAGGUGGAGAAGUUAGAUGCAAAAUGUGGUCGACAGCAACAGGAGCUGCAAGACUCCAAGGACCAGAAUGAGCUCUUGGAAUUCAGAAUACUGGAACUAGAGGAGCGUGAGCGAAAGUCCCCUCCGUUUAAUCAUCUCCGCAUGCAUCCGUUCUCCGAGGGUGUCAGCGCCCUACAGAUCUACUGUAUGAAGGAAGGAGUGAAGGAUGUCUGUGUACCUGACCUGAUCAAGCUCCUAGACAUUCUGGGUGAUAAUGGGAACUUGCGAAAUGAGGAGCAAGUGGCCAUUAUUCAAGCUAGCACUGUCCUCUCUCUUGCUGAAAAGUGGAUACAACAGAUUGAGGGAACAGAGGCAGCGCUGCACCAGAAGAUGAUUGACCUGGAGCUCGAGAUGGAGAUGUUCUGUAAGCAGAAAGGCUAUCUGGAGGAGGAGCUGGACUACAGGAAGUCAGCCCUGGAUCAGGCCUACACGCAAAUCCAGGAGCUGGAGGCUACUCUCUACAACGCGCUGCAGCAGGACAAGGUGAUCGGGUACGGUGAGCCUCUGAGUGACAUGCAGAAGGACGAGCUACGUACGUCUGUGGAGAAGCUACGCAGACAGAUGCUGAGGAAGAGCAGAGAGUUCGACUGUCAGGUUCUGGCUGAGAGGAUGGAGCUGCUCCACCAGGCCCAUCAGAGAAUCCGAGACCUGGAGGAUAAGACAGACAUCCAGAGGAGACAGAUUAAGGAUCUGGAGGAGAAGACAACGUGGAAACCUGGAGAUUGUGUUUGUGACUGCAGUGGGUUUCAUUUUGGGGAGAAGAGAGUUGACUUUGUGACUCAUAUUGUAACAGUGAGUGGAUAUGGAACUGUUGUGUGUUGGACAUGGCUGGGAAUUCACACCUGUUUGAUUUGGGACCUCACUCUGGGGAUAUACAUUAUGUAUGCUGCACUGCACUGGACUGGACUGAUCCUUGGACCGUGGAACUUCUCUCAACUCAGUGGGAUAACUGGAACAGAACCCUCAGUCGGAAAACACACACACACACACACACGUGUAAACAGUCAUAUACACUGUACACGCUGAUACAAACAUACUGGAAACACACACACACACGCAUGUACACACACACAUCAACCCACUUUUAAAGACAAAGGAAACCAAAGUCUAGGAGAUCUUAUCUCUGCCAUGCAGGGGAACGCUACACCAUCCAUCUACUCCAAGACUACACCCUGGCUACAUACCGGCUACCCCCAGACUACCCCCCGACUACACCCAGAGUACCCCCCGACUACCCUAGCCUACCUCCAGAGUACCCCCGACUACCCCAGCCUACCCCCAGAGUACCCCCAGACCACCCCCCUUGACUACCCCCAGAGUACCCCCCGACUACCCUAGCCUACCUCCAGAGUACCCCAGCCUAGCCUACCCCCAGAGUAC